AUGGUAAAGGAUUGCAUAGAUUAUGCUCGAAGGUGCCAAGCUUGUCAAGUUCAUGCAAACUUUAUCCAUCAACCACCAGAACCUCUACACCCAACAGUCGCAUCUUGGCCGUUUGAUGCUUGGGGACUUGAUGUGGUUGGCCCAAUUACGCCCAAGUCAUCUGCAGGGCAUACAUACAUAUUGGCCGCCACCGACUACUUUUCAAAGUGGGCAGAAGCCGUGGCAUUAAAAGAAGUAAAGAAGGAAAAUGUGGCAGACUUCCUCCGUGUUCAUAUCAUCUAUCGGUUCGGCAUCCCACGAUAUAUCUUGACUGAUAAUGGGAAACCCUUUGACAAUAAAUUGAUGGACAAGAUUUGCAAGCUGUUCGACUUUCAGCAGCGGAACUCAUAA